AUGAGCCUUGAAGUCAGAAAAAUGACUUCCCUUGAAGAGGGUUCAAACAAUCCCUCUCUAGAAAGUCCUAAGUAUGCGAAUGAGAUACACCAGUUAUUAUCACUGAAAGUGCCACCUGAAUUUUCAGUAAUAUUUCAAAUGUAUAAACUUCUCUAUGAUUUAACAGAAGAUAGCAUAGAUCAAGUCGUUGAAUUCCUUGAUAAAGAAUUCAAACCUCAAUAUUAUAGAGAAUUUUUCAAAAUUCUUACUGAAUUCACAAGAAUUAAUGCAAGAUACACUAAAUUAGCAAACAAAUUACUAACUAUACUAAGAACUCGUAUUGCAAAUCUUACAAAAUACAUUUAUUACUACGUUGAUUCAUAUUCACUCAUGCAAUAUAUUUAUAAAGCAGGAGAUUAUCAAGCAGAAGAUUUAAAAAGAUUAGUUAAACGUCACGAUAGAUUUACAUGUUUCUUUCCCGACCUUUUCGAAUACAUUGAAGAUGAUCCUCAUUAUUGCGCAUAUUAUAAAUGCGCUUUAAAUGUAAUUCAAGCCGGAAUAGAGGAUAGAAAGUGGGCUGAUAUAUACCCUCCAAAUUGCAUUCAGUAUUCCAUCUACCACGAUGAUCCUUCUACUUUGAAAAAAUAUUUGACCAAAAAAAAGUUCAAAAUUAAUGGCAAAAUUUUCCAUUCACCAAUAGAAUGGUUUGCGAACAGGCCAUUGGAAAGACCAGAAACAUGGAGACUUACACGAACUCCAUUAGAACUUAGUGCUUAUUAUGGAUCAAUCAAGAGUUUUCGAUUGAUAAAAGAUAAAGGAGGAAUCAUUGAUAAAAAUGUUGUUUUAGCAGCAAUUGCAGGAAAAAACAAUGACAUUAUUGAGAUAUGUGAUGAAACAAAUGACUUUCCAGAUAUUGAAGAAAUUGUCAUUCAUGCUGUUAAGUAUCAUAAUCCGAGGUUUUAUGUUCUUGCAAAUGAAAUAGAAAUCACUGAAAAUCUUUUGGAAAGAUGUUUGUUGCAUUCGAACUAUGAAGCGUAUUUCUACUUCAAAAGCAUUAAGGAUAUCAAUGUAUCGUAUCAAUACUUGGCAUGGAAAGGUUUUUAUUCAUUAUUGAGGCCUCUUUUUGAUCAAAAUCUCGAUUUAGAUUACUUCAGAAUUUUUAAAUUUUUUGUCUUGAAAGGAGAAUUUGAAAUCUUACUUGAAAUCAUAGAAAUUCAUAAAGAUAUUGACUUCAUGAAAAGAGAUGAAGAUGGCCUUUAUCUUAUCCAUUAUGCUGCAAUGUCGCACAAUACGAAAAUUAUUGAUUUACUCAUCAAAAAUGGUUUAGACGUAAAUUUGAAAAGCGAAAUUGGAAUGACAGCAGUUCAAUUUGCAAUAGAAGUCAAUGAUUUAGAAAUGUUCAACUAUUUGGUUGAUGUUCUUCAUGCUGAUGUCCACAUAGUUGAUGAACUCGGUAAUACUUGUUUGCAUUCUGCUGCUUUUUCAUCAGAUCCAGAGAUAACAGAUAGAUUACUUGCAAUGGAUUUGAAAUCUAAUGUAAAGAAUAAAGAUGGUAAAACCCCUAUUGAAAAUAUAAAGGAUAAGGAUAAAUUUGCUGAUGCAAAAGAAUACUACUCUAAAUAUGAGAAUAUUUUUCUUAAAUAA